UUUCGUGUUGGAAGUACAGGCCAUGUGAUCAAGGCCCAUCGCUACGAGCUCAUCAGCAGAAGUUGUGUGUUCCACGCCAUGUUUACUGGCCCCCUGGCGGAGACGUCGGAAGUCAGUGUUCCUGAAAUAGAGCCUAAGGAGUUCAGAGAGUUUCUCUUAUACCUUUACACAGACAACACAACUGUUGAUGCUGACAACGUAACAGCUCUACUGUACGCCUCCAGAAAAUAUGCCAUCACCGCCUUAGAAUCCCAAUGUCUGGAGUUCCUGGAGAAACACCUCAACGUUGACAACGCCUGUGUGAUUCUAGAUGCUGCUCAUCGUUUUGAUCAAAGCCAGUUGUUUCAGAAGGCCUUCACCUUGAUUAAAGAUACAGGUGAGAGGUCACUACAGUCAUCUGGUUUCCUGACACUGAGCCAAGUGUUGUUGCAUCAGAUUGUGGAGUCAGAUGAUCUGUCAGCCGAGGAGCACGUCAUCUUUAACGCCGUUAACUGCUGGGCAGAGGCAGAGUGCAGACGUCAGGGAAGGAAGGUAACUCCUGAGAUCAAGCGAACAGUUCUUGGAGAAACAUUACUGAAAGUUAGAUUUCCUCUUUUGAAGCUAACGUUCCUGGCUAGGGACGUUAAAGCCAGUGGUCUCUUGACUGAACAGGAGCGUCUCACGAUCCUUGAAUAUAUUGGAUGCCCUGACAAUGAUGUGAAACCCUUCAACACUAAGCAAAGACAACAAAGAACCCCGCAUUCCAUAACAAGGUUUUCAUCACAGAGUAAUAGAGGCUGGAAUGUUUUUUUUUUUAGAAAUGAUGCCAUUUCCUUCCAAAGCAGCCGAAACCUGAUGCUCUGUGGAUACAGCCUGUAUGGGCCUUCCCGUAAGACUAAACCCGCUACCUGCUUUGUCACCACCUACUUUGGGAACGAGGAAGAUGUUUUCCAGUGCACGAUUCAAGAUAGAACUGAGUACAAAGUCAACAGUCAAGUGUUUGAUGUGGUGUUUGAGAAGUCUGUUGCUAUGACAGCGGGGGUGUGGUAUACUCUGGCAGUGUAUAUACAAGGCGGUGAUACGUGGGAAGGAGAACAUGGACAGAAAAAGGUAUGUGCUGACGGGGUUCGUUUUACCUUCAGGAACUCACAACACAGCUCGAAUAACACUAGCGUCGACCAAGGGCAGAUUCCAUCUCUCCUCUACCAAGUUGCAUGA